AUGACUAUCCCAGUUUUCGGCAUCAAGUGGUCUCAAGGAUGCAACCCGCAAAAGUCUUCUGGCAAAACAUUGUUCAACCUAAGCUGCAGCCACCUGAACCUCACAGAGAAGGAAUACUUUGGGCUGGAGUUCUGGAGUUCUGCAGGGCAUACUGCCUGGCUGGAACUUCUGAAGCCUAUAACAAAGCAGAUUAAAAUGGAUCCGGGCCAUCUGAGAGAAGAGCUGACAAGAUACCUGUUCACUCUCCAAGUCAAGAAGGAUCUGGCCUGUGGAAGACUUCCUUGCAGCGAUAACAGCUCGGCCCUGAUGGUAUCGCACCUUUUGCAGUCGGCCCUGGGAGAUUAUCACGAAGAAAUGGAUCAAAAGCACCUGGAAACGCACAAAUAUUUACUCAACCAAGAGUGUUUGGUGAACAAGAUCAUGCAUCACCACAAGAAACAUAUAGGCAAAACUCCUGCUGAAUCAGAUGUGCAACUCUUGGACAUAGCGAGGAAGCUAGAGAUGUAUGGGAUCAGGCCCCAUCCAGCCAGUGAUGGCGAAGGGACCCAGAUCAAUUUGGCUGUCACUCACAUGGGAGUCCUGGUUUUGCGGGGCAAUACGAAGAUUAACACCUUCAACUGGUCCAAAAUUCGCAAGUUGAGCUUCAAGCGGAAGCAUUUCCUGAUCAAACUCCAUGCCAACAUUUCGGCCUUGUGCAAGGAUACACUGGAGUUCACCAUGGCAAGCCGAGACACUUGCAAAGCCUUCUGGAAGACCUGUGUGGAAUACCAUGCUUUUUUCCGACUCUCUGAAGAGCCGAAGUCAAAACCCAAAGCCUUUUUGUGCAGCAAGGGCUCCAGUUUCCGAUACUGCGGAAGGACUCAGCGGCAGCUGCUGGAACAUGGGACAAAAGGAAAACUGAAGAGCCUGCCCUUUGAGAGGAAACACUAUCCCUCUCGGUACCAUGAGAGACAGUGCCGGUCCUCACCAGACCUACUUACAGAUGUUUCCAAACAAAUGGAGGACUUGCGGCUGGUUUAUGGCACCAUAGGAGGCUACCACAGUGCCAAUGGGGUCCACACUUCCGAGCCCAUGCUGGACAGCAGGCGGAGGAACUCUGCAGUGGAGGUGAUCUUUGCUGAUGAAUUGGAGCGGUCCAAGCCAGAAGCUGACCCAACGCUGCUGCCCCAUUCCCAAAGCAGCUCCGCCUUCCCAUUGGUCUACACAGAGCUGGAACAUGAUUGGGAGCCAGCUGACAUCUAUGAACAACGGGUCCCGCUGACAUCCUUCCAGCCUGGCUACAAGCUGGCUGGGAACAGUAAAAGCACCUCUGUGGGCAACAUGAGGGAGAUGACCCCUAGGCAACAGUUGACUUACACCGACAUCCCCUACAGGGGCCCCAUCCACCAGCAACUGGAUAUGGCUUCUCCUCAAGUCUUCUUUUAUGUGGACAGGCCUCCCCAGUUUUCCAGGCACACAGCAGUGGCAGGCCCUGCUGAGGAAACAGCCAGUGGGGUGAACAUGCUUGGUGCAUCACCCAUGAAGCCUUCCAGGAGAAGCCCAAGAACAAGGGUGGCUGAACCAGAGGUCCUGCCCAGAACGACCUACCUUAGCAGCGUUAGCAUGGAGCAAGAAGUCGACGGAAGUGUCUUUGACUACAGCAUUCAAGACCAGACUCCCAAGAGGUCUUGGAGCCAGUCUGACAUGAAAAUGAUCAGAUUUCCCUAUGGCUCAGAGUUCCGGCCUCUAGGACCUUGUCCUGUCUUGAGCAGCAGGAAGGCUGAUAUUUUGCAGUAUGUGCUGGCCCAGCAAAGGUUCCCAGAACCUCCCAGGGCCCAGCGAACCCUGGAGCGCUAUGUGGGCAGCGGGACAGAAUCCAGUGACUCUGAUUCAGACAUGUUGCCGGAUUACUUUUCUCUCUACGGGAGGGUGGUGAAAGCACCCAGGGCACGGGUCCGCCUGUCUUCAGGCAGUCUACAGCUGGAGGGGGAGGAUGAAGAAGUUUGUCUCGCUACCGCCAGCAUUGAGGACAGGACUUCACAGGGAGCAUCUAAUUAUUUUACUUAAAACAACAGGACUGGGUUAUGCCAGUAGAUCUUUGAAGGAGGUCCUUCCUUGGUCCUUGGGGUUAUGACUGAUUUUGCAAGAAUGAUUAAUUAAAACUUUGGGAUUUGAUAACAAGAGGAAUCUGCCGAAGCAAAGGGCUCUGCAAAAGAAAAUGAGUGAGAUGUUAUAAGAAUAUUUUAAAAAUGGGGGGAGAGGGGAACUUUACAUGCUUUCUCCUUGACA